ACCAGCAACACAUACCUACACUAGAACAUUCUCCGUCUGUCUCCUCUUCUCGCUGCACCUCUCUCUGACUGUGUCUCUUUACGAACCCGUUCUGUCGACAUUUAGGUGUUACUGUUCAAUUAGUAGAUAUGCCUGUCAAAGUGUUCAUUACCAGCGUGAGCAGCAACCUGAAGAUAAAGAAAGAUCAGCAGAAAAUCGAAAUGACCCUGGACUCCCUGAAGAUCCCUUAUACCAAUGUUGACAUUGCUCAGAAUGUGGAAGAUAAGGAUGAAAUGAGAAGGAUUGCAGGGGACCCGACUGCACUGCCACCCCAAAUAUGCAAUGGUGACACCUACUGCGGAGACUUCAAAGCUUUUGAAGAAGCAGUGGAGAUGGAAGAACUACCUAAAUUUCUUAAACUGUGACGGUGAAAAACUUGACCCGUUAAGUCAUACAUUCACAUUUAUAUGAGGACAGAUGUUGUGUUUGGUCUGCACUAUAAGUGCAAGAAUAUGUUAAUGAAAAAUUGAUUUUUAAUUUGGUUGAUUAAACUAAA